AUGGGAAUAUUAGAUAUUUUUCUCCAGGCCUCGAGUACUAGCUCUCUUUUGGGGGCUCUGGUGGUCUUGGUGCUUGUCUACAUCGUCUCCUCCUCCAGCUUCGGAUCCCAGGAUGAAGGAAAGGGACCUCCAGGUCCGAAACCACUUCCCCUACUAGGCAACCUGCUGCAGCUUGACCUCAAGAGACCCUACCACACAUUGCUGGAGCUUUCCAAGAAAUAUGGAUCAGUGUUUACCAUCUAUUUGGGACCCAAAAAAGUGGUGGUCCUGGCAGGAUACAAGACAGUAAAGGAGGCACUUCUCAAUCGAGCUGAAGAGUUUGGAGAUAGAGACAAGCUGCAAAUUACGCAUGAUUAUAAUCAAGGGCACGGGGUUCUAUGGUCCAACGGUGAUUCAUGGAAAGAGAUGAGGCGCUUUGCCUUGACUAACCUCAGAGACUUUGGGAUGGGUAAGAGGGCUUCUGAGGACAAGAUCAUUGAGGAAUGUGAGCACCUCAUAGAAGUGUUUAAGAAAUGCAAAGGUAAGUCUUUUGAUACAACUCAACCCAUAAACUAUGCGGUCUCUAAUAUCAUCUGCUCAAUUGUUUAUGGCAGCAGAUUUGAAUAUGAUGAUGCAGAGUUUACAUCACUGGCAGAUCGAACAAUCAGAACUAUUCAGCUUGUGGGCUCACCAUCGAUACUUUUCUUUAACUUGUUUCCAUGGAUCGGUAAAUUUGUCGCUCACAGAAAGGAGAUCAAUAUGUUGAUUUCCGCCAACACAAAACAGAAUCAACACCUCUUUAGUCGUUUGAAAGAGACCCUUAAUCCACAGAUGUGCAGAGGCUAUGUGGAUGGAGGUUGGGAAGCAUUUCUAAAAGCACCGAUUCAUAUUUACUUGCAGGAAUCUGGGGUUACGGACAGUAAUUUCCACGAUAAAAACCUGAUGCAGACAGUUCUUAAUCUCUUUGCUGCCGGGACUGACACAACAGCAACAACGCUGAGAUGGGGACUUCUGUUUAUGGCCAAGUAUCCAAAAAUACAAGGCAAAGUCAAAGAAGAGCUGAGCAGGGUGAUAGGAAGUCGUCAAGCCCAGGUAGAGGACAGGAAGAGCCUGCCUUUCACUGACGCUGUCAUCCAUGAGACACAGCGACUGGCUAACAUCGUCCCCAUGGCACUUCCUCACAAAACGAGCCAAGACGUAACUUUCCAGGGUCACUUCAUUAAGAAGGGGACCACAGUAUAUCCUCUCUUGACAUCCGUCCUGUAUGAUGAGAGUGAGUGGGAACACCCCCUCAGUUUUUAUCCUGCUCACUUCUUGGACAAAGAUGGGAAGUUCCUCAAGCGAGAGGCCUUCAUGCCUUUUUCUGCAGGUCGCAGGGUUUGUCUUGGAGAGAGUCUGGCCAGGAUGGAGCUCUUCAUCUUCUUCACCAGCCUCUUGCAACACUUUCGUUUUACGCCUGCUCCAGGAGUUUCGGUGGAUGAAUUGGAUCUUACUCCACGCACAGGCUUCACUCUCAACCCUUCACUUCAUAAACUGUGUGCUGUUUCCUGUGACCAGUAGGGCUUGAAAAUGCUGCUUAGUCCCACUGUCAUCACUUCAUAUUCAUUAAAUUCAUGAGUUCUGAUUCUGAUUUCUGAGUCAUUCUAAUGAGUUCAGCAUGAUAUUUCAUGUAGUGCAAUAGGACUAAAUAUAUACAACUUCAUUAAUGUCAUUAUCACCUUCUCACAAAAAACGUGUUGUGAAUGCAAAUCAGUUCAA